UGCAAAUUUAUGUGUAAAAGACUCGAGCACACAGUUCGUGCAUAACGUGUACGGGUGUGUAUGUGUUUUAUACGAGGGUUCAGAGCAUAUUGUGUGUCCACAGCACACAGCAACCCAAACGCCAUUUUGUAACAUUUGGGGCGCGUAUAAGUGGAGUCGUGGACACUGUCUCUGUUCGUUUUGAGGAAAUUUUAGUAGAAAAACUCACAGGAGUUUUUGCAAUGUAUGGAGGAGGAAGUAGGGGGAAGUGUCCAGAAAACUGGCAAACAGCCGAAAUCUUGAAAUGGAUUCAAGACAACGACCAUUCCAAAGGAGAUAUUAAAAGUAGAGUAAUGGGGGUCGUGCAAGCCAAUGACUUGGACGGCCACACUUUGAAGCAACUGGUGGCUGAAAAAGACGAGAUUCAAAAUCUGUUCCCAGCACUGAAGGAGAGACUGGCGUUUAAGUCUAUGCUCAGGAAUCUGUUCAAGGAAGUGGGUAAGGUGUUAUCAAUUGAACCGCCUAGCAACCUCGUCCCCAAGCAUUCACCGCCCGCUCCCGUGAUGGUAGCAUCCUACCCUCAUAAACUACAACCCGCAACCUCGUUCCCUCCUCUCCAAAACAGUAUUCGCUUCCCGGUGGUCACCACACCAACAAGAACAUAUCUCCCCCGAGAAGGAGGACCAACGCUUCCCGGCCGCCCCAGACUCCAUCGUCCAGUGGACACGCAUCAAGUGACGUCACAAAAGAGAAUAUUCAUGGAUAGGCCACCAAUUGACUCAGUUUUGCCAAAGAAAAUAAGGGAUUUGAUACACACUGAGAAAACCUUCACUUUGCCAUCGUCGGUUCCUUUCUCCGUGAAUACCUCCUCACCCAUAAACAUAACCACUCAGCCACUGUACUUUAACAGUCAAUCUAUGAUGUCUCCUCCACAAGCAAAGAGGCAAGCACUCUAUCACAAUGUCACCUCACCACCACCCAUCUCUCGAAGUAUCCCCUCAUCCUGCUCUGCCCCAACUGUCACCCAAACUGGCACCUCAAUUCAGCUCCCUACCACUCCUCCUCAACCCCCGCCACAGAAGUCGCCUCAAAUAAUUUCCUCAGUCACUUCGUACGGCCUAGGUGUUGUACCAAGUGAAAAAACUCCUGCAUCCAACUCAUGGCUGGUCAGUAGCAGCAACAACUCGGAACCAAAAGUCUGCCCUACAGACUCGUCCUCCGCUGGAUAUUGUAGAUGUAUAAACUAUCCGGCUCCAAUCCCAGACUUUGAAGACGAUAUCCUGGAGUGCAUGGCGAAGACGGGAGGGAUUCGUCCUGUCGUGAGAAAGAGGAUCAUGCGGGACGCCUCCCAAUUCUAUGUCAGCAUUACCAUGGGGCAGAGACUCAACUCCAAUGAUUAUGCCAACAUUGGACGCACAAUGAUUGAAAAGUUCCCGGCUUUGUCGUGUGGAGGUCUGAUUCCUUGGGCACUGUUCAACAAAAGUCUCAGCCAAUGCAUCCGAAACCUUCGUCGCCGUUUGAAGAAAAUCAACGGGGGAUUCGAGUCACUGAACAAAGCAGGAGACGACCUCGAGUCCGGGAGUGCUGUUACGUUCGACCCCAUUGAUUUAUCAGAUGAAGAAAUUGGAGAAGGGGAGGAGGAUGGAGGACAAGAUGUCUUCUUCAUCAAGGAAGAGAUACCUGUUUGGACUGAGGAUCAAGUGCAGUAGACGUUUAUCACUUCAAGAAAUAUUUCUGAGUCGGAGCUGACUUUCUGAGUCGGAGUUGACAAACUGGGUUUCCGGUCCAAAAAACAAGACUCAAUGUUUUCAUUUCUUGAUCGUUUACAAAGUCAACUGAUCUGGAUUCAGAGUCAGCUCUGCUGAUAUUCCGGGUUGGUUUAACCGAGGUCAGAGGUCAGGAAGAGACUGCAGUCGAACCAACCAUGCAUGUUUAGAGCGCCGCGCGGGUCCAUUUUAUGGACCUAUUUUUAUGAUAGGGGUAUAGCACUUAACUUCUUUCUUUAAAAAAACUGCAUAAGCUUUCGUACAUAGCAACAUCUAUUGCGUCGAAUGCAAUGAUGGAGGGCACAAGCCAAAAUAAUGUACAUUCUACAAGAAAUAGUCAAUGAUUCCUAUGUCGAGCCAGUGAGCAGUCACUAUUAAAGACCAUCUAUUUGUGGUAGUUGGACA